AUGAUCACAGAAAGUAGCACCUCACUGUUGCAGUUAUUUCCCAAUGGCGGAUGGGAUGUUCAUCAUCAUAUAUUUGAACCGACAAUAAAACGCUACAAUGACUUCAAACGCCAGAUUGGAAUUACCAAUUCUGUCCUAACCCAUGGCCUUUCCUAUGGCUCCGACUGCAGCUGCCUGACUACCUUCACAACAGACUUGGGUUCAGAAAUCACUAGGGCAAUCGGCGUCAUUGAUCCAGAGAGUGUCACUCCAUCCCAGCUUACAGAGAUGCACAACGCAGGCGUUCGUGGUAUCCGAGUCAAUCUCUAUCACUACAAAGCGAUGCACGAUCUGGAGCUGCAAAAGGUUGCUCUACGAGCCCAUGCAAAUGCACUGGAAAGCCGCGCAGGGUGGAGCAUGGCUUUCACACAUGUUCACCCGGAAUUCUGGCCUGAACUCAAGCCUGUUAUCGUGAAUGACAUUGUUUCCAAAGGUGUUCGGCUCGUUACUGAUCACUUCGCUUUGCUGAAGGGAGCAAGUAUGCUACCCGCUGAGUGUCAGGGAGAUAUCACCAAGCAGGAGGGAUUCCAGGCUUUGAUUGAGCUUAUUCGAGAUGGUCAUCUAUUUGUCAAGAUCAGCGCGCCGUAUCGGGUGAGCAAGCAGGCCCCAGACUUUGCGGAUUUGAAGCCCCUUGUUCGGGCUUUCUUCGAUGCCAACCCACGACAAGUUCUCUGGGGAAGUGAUUGGCCUCAUACACCUCUGAUGAAGGUGCGAACAAGGGAAGAAGCCCUCAAAGAUACGCCAUAUCUCGAGGUGGAUGAUCUGGCUUGGUUGAAGAGUUUGCGGGCGUGGUUGUCCGAUGAGGAAUGGCACUCUCUGAUGGUGCUGAAUCCCCGCCGCUUGUAUGAUUGGUAA